AAGCGACUUCAUCCGCUCUCAGGUUCACUUUGAGAGGAGGAACUUUUUAGAUGAUAUCCGCCGCGCGCAUGUGACGCACCUUUUGUUUAAAGGAGGGUAAUGAGCUGAAACCUGGACUGGGACCAUCUGACUUGUAGUUUGUGUGGAGUACAGGGAGCAGGAUGAGCAAAACAAAGAAUAAAAGCGACAAUAAGACGGAAAAGGCUUUGGCUGCGGAGAAGGAGCAGUUUGGCAAACAACAGCUCCACAACAUCAGCAAAACUGUCACCUCAGCCGAAACACCGCCCAAAGAGAAAUAUGUGCGCAACAUCAUCAUGGGGAGUCACAAGGAGGGUGGAGCCGCCACCUUCUGGUCCUACGUCCUGAACUUGCCUCUGUCCAGUAACGCCAUAGUCAGCUGGAAGUUCUGCUAUCUGCUGCACAAACUGCUCAGGGGCGGCCACAGAAACGCUGUUAGAGACUCUCACCGAUACUGUCGCAACGUGAAAGAUAUGGGUAUCCUCUGGGGAAACUUGCAUGACCGAUACGGCCACAUCGUCGCCCUGUCAGCCAAAUUCCUCUGCCUCAAAAUAGAAUUUCAUGCAAAGCACAAGGUGAUUCCAGCCAACCUGGAGGCCAGUGAUGAGACUUUGGAGAGGGAAGCAGGAACUGACAAGAACAAAGUGUUGGAUAUGACACAGGAGCUGUUGGAUUACCUGGACGCUGGACUGAAGAUGUCUGAGACAGUUCUGCGUCAGCUCGACUCCAACGGGGCCAAAUCUACAACUCCAGCAGGACGGUGCAGGCUGACUCCCCUGAUACCGCUCAUACUGGACUGCAGCUUCCUCUACCACUUCUCUGUGAGGCUGAUGUUUAAACUCCACAGCUGCAUCACCCCAGAUGCUCUUCUUGGACACAGAGAGCGGUUCCGUGAUCUCUUCAUGAGCCUCACGCAGUUCUUUGAUAGAGCAAGGGAAAUGGAGUUCUUCAAAAGAAUCAUCCAGAUCCCAGAUCUCCCAGACUCUCCACCAAACUUCCUGCGAGCUGCUGCCCUGGCCGAGUAUAAGAAGCCAGUGGUGGUGAUGCCCGACGAGGAGCGGCAAGAGGAGGAGGAGGUGGAGCCACAGCCGGAGUUUAGAGAAGCACCACAGUACUAUUCCCUGAGCCAAAUGGCAGCACCCGACGCUUCUCUGGCGCAGAGAGAAACUGAGAGCAUGAGGAGGGAGCUGGAGGUGCUGAAACCAGAGCUGCAUCUCAUCAGGAACGAGGCUCAGAGGUGUGUGACCGAGUUAAAGUCUCAAGUGAAUCACCUGGAAGCUGAGGUGGAGGAGCAGCGCACCCACAAGCAGAUGGCAAUGGUGGAAAACGAACACCUGCGGAUGGAAGUGGAGGGUCUGCGGUGCAAUAACGUCGCCAAUGUGGGGGCACAGAUUGGACUGAAGGAGGCAGAUAGCAGAGCUCAGGCAGCGGAGGUUCGUUUCACUCAGCUCAAAGAGAGACACGCCGAGCUGGUUACCAGUCACGCCGACUUAAUGAAGAAGAACACAGAGACAGUGAAGGCGCUGUCCGGUACAAAACAAGACCAAGGAGAUUUACUGAGAGCGAAGACACAGCUAGAAAGUGAGCUGGAAAUACUACGGCAGGAGAAAAGAAACACGAUGAGUCAGCAGCAGCAGGAGGCCGACCGCCUCAACAAGGAACUGCUGGAGCAGCGAGCAGAGCUGGCCCUCCUCCGCGGCACCCUGCAGAAUAAAGAGAGGGAGGGAUCUCAUGUGAGCAGCAGCCUGGUCGCUCUGCAGGCGGAGCGGGAAGUGCUGCUGCGUUCGGCCAGAGAGAGGGACGCCGAGCUCUCCUCGCUGAGACAGCAGGCGCAGCAGCAGCAGGGCUCCCUGGACCUGGAUAGAGACCGCACCAACAGAGAGCUGGAGGCGCUGAGAGCUCAGCUGCAGCAACAGCUGGCCAUCAAUGCAGAGCAGAAGCUGGAGAUCGACAGGCUGAGGCGAGAGCUGGACUCAACACGAGCAGAGCUGACACGUGCGAACAACGCCCUGAUGAGCAAAGAAAUGAGUGGUACCCAGCUGAACAGUACACUAGUAGGGAUGCAGGCGGAGAGGGAAGGGUUGCUCCGGUCGGUGAGGGACCAUGAGUCGGAGCUGACCUCCCUCAGGCAGCAAGCUCAGCUCCAGCAGAGCUCCAUGGAGCAGGAGAGGCAGCGCAGCAGCAUGGAGCUGGGAAGCUUGCACGCCCAGAUACAGCAGCAGGCCUGCCGUGAAGGUGAGCUGACCCAGAAGCUGCAGGACGAGCAGUUCUGUCUGCUGCAGUGUGCUGUGGUGGAGGCCGAGGGCAUCAUACUGGACGCUGUGGCCAAACUGGACGACCCCAUUCACGUCCGCUGUAUCAGCUCACCUGAUUACUUGGUGAACCGUGCUGAAAUCACUCUGGCUUCCAUAGACAAGAUGCAGCAGAGCCACGCGGUCUACGUGGGAAACAUGAGCGAUGCCAGCGGCUUGUUGAGAGCGGUCACACAGUUCUCCCACCUCUCUGCCGACACCAUCGUCAACGGAGCAGCAACAUCGCACUCGGCCCCCACCGACCAAGCUGACCGUUUGACUGACAGCUGCCGGGACUGUGCGAAUAACUGCCUGCAGUUCUUGAAGGACCUGAAGUUUCAGGCCAGUUUACAGAGAGCAGACCCCUCUGCCAUACGCUACACUGUUCAACGCAUCCUCGCCUUAGGACAGGAAUUGCGUCCAAAGGGGCGGGAUGUGCUGAAAGAAGAGCUGGGAGGCAUGGUGGACAGAGAGAUGAUUGCUACCUCCACUGCCAUCGAGGAGGCCGUGCUGCGAAUGGACGAGAUAAUGAACCAGGCAAGGAGAGACACUACUGGUGUUAAGCUGGAGGUCAACCAGGGUAUCCUGGGAUCCUGCUCCGACCUGAUGAAGGCUGUUCAUAUGCUGGUGACGGCCUCUGCUGAUUUACAGAAAGACAUAGUGGAAGGAGGCAGGGGAGCAGCGUCCGUUACAGACUUUUAUGACAAAAACUCUCGCUGGACCGAGGGACUCAUCUCCGCGUCUAAGGCCGUGGGCUGGGGCGCCACACAGCUGCUAGACUCAGCGGACCGGGUUGUGGGUGAAAAUGGUAGGUACGAGGAGCUCAUCGCCUGUUCACACGAGAUCGCCGCCAGCACCGCCCAGCUGGUCGCUGCCUCAAAGGUGAAGGCUGACCGCAACAACAAGAAGCUGAACACGCUGCAGCAGGCCUCGCGACACGUAAACGACAUGGCCGCCGUGGUCGUCACCUCCACCAAGCACGGGCAGCAGCAGAUCUCCGACCACGGUAUGAUGGACUUCUCCGGCCUGUCUCUGAUCAAGCUGAAGAAAGAAGAAAUGGAGGCUCAGGUGAAGGUGCUGCAGCUGGAGAGCGAGCUGGAGCAGGAGCGGGUCCGCCUGGGGGAGCUGAGGAAGAGGCACUACGUGCUCAGCCCCUCUGGGAGCAUUGACGAAGAACAGGAGGCAUCUGAUCACUUCCCGCCGCCGCCGCCGCCCACACUGCUCGACUCACCGCCGGUGCCAUCGUCCUUUUCGCAGACGCAGCCUUACCUGAACACUCAGAGCUUUGCUCAAAGCAACCCGUUCGCCCCGACUCAAACGCAGCCCUUCUCGCUGCCUCAGUCUUACACACCAACAAACACUCACACACCGCCUCAAACAUACACACCGUCUCAAACAUACUCAAACAUACACACGUCUCAAACAGUCACACCGUCUCAAACAUACACACCGUCUCAAACCUUCACACCGUCUCAAACCUUCACACCGUCUCAAACAUUCACACCGUCUCAAACCUUCACACCGUCUCAAACCUUCACACCGUCUCAAACAGUCACACCGUCUCAAACCUUCACACCGUCUCAAACCUUCACACCAUCUCAAACCUUCACACCAUCACAAACAUACACACAGGCCCAAACCUUCACACCAUCACAAACAUACACACGUCCCAAACUCACACCAUCACAAACAUACACACCGUCUCAAACCUUCACACCAUCACAAACAUACACACAGGCCCAAACCUUCACACCAUCCCAGACUCACACACCGUCUCAAACCUUCACACCAUCUCAGCCUUACAUCCCAGCUCAGCCUUUCACACCAAACCCGACCCAAAGUUACUCAAAACCUCAGUCCUACUCGCCGUCACAGACGAGGUCCUCGUCGCAGACGUCGCCUCAUCCGCCUGCUCAGCCUCAGGCGACCCCACAGAACAAUACCGGGUCCCCCAAACCAUCCUCCAAGAGGCAAAACAUCUUCAGCAAAUCUGGAAACUUGCUGAAGAACGCAUUUAAACGAAGUGAAACUGGAACGGGGGAAUCCUGAGGAAGCGUGAUUGAAAAAGAAGACAAGAUGAUUUCACUUCCACAUAAAAUGCUUCUUAUAUGUCGACAACAAUGACUUUGUUUAUUAACUUCAUUCUCUCUCUGGCUUUGACUUUGUGUUUUACACCAGUUACAGAAAAUGUGGAAAUGAAACUGACAUUAUGCUGUAUCCUCUUUUUGAUCUGACAGUAACACUUAUAUUCUCUUACUAAUCGAUGUUGCACAUAAAGGUAAAAGAGGAAUUCCUGCACAAUACAUUGUUUUCAGUCAUGUACAACUAAAUACUGUUUUGAGAUAAACUCAACUUUUUCUUCAGCACCUGUGUAAUAGGUGUCAUACAACAGAAAGAAUAUUAAAGAUCAUAAAAUCUGUAUCA